UUUUUUUUUCAUUAUUUUAUUUUAUUACUUUUCUUUUUUCCUUUUCGUUUUCCAUUUCUUUACGUAAUGACAGAAUCAACUCAUACUAAUCAUGAUGUAGAAGCAAAAUAUCCUUCUCAUACAAUAGCUUCAUCUUAUCCUCCUAUUCCAAUUUAUGCUGCACCAACUAUAGCCAAUCCAGGUCCUUUAGGUUUAAGCUCUUUUGCUUUAACUACUUUUGUUUUAUCACUUCAUAAUGCGGGUGCUGGUGUUCCUGCUAAUGGACCUAGUAAUGUAGUUGUAGGCCUUGCUUUAUUUUAUGGCGGUCUUGUACAGCUUUUAGCUGGUAUGUGGGAAUUCAAGACAGGUAAUACCUUUGGUGCUACUGCUUUCUCUAGUUAUGGUGGAUUUUGGCUUUCCUUUGCAGUCAUCUUUAUUCCUGGAUUUAAUAUUUUAAAAUCUUAUGGUGAUGAUAGUCAUACAUUAGAUCAAUCUUUAGGCAUUUAUUUAUUAUCUUGGGCUAUCUUUACUGGUCUUAUGUUAAUCGCUUCUCAUCGCUCAAGUGUAGGCUUAGUCAGUCUCUUUUUCUUUCUCUUUAUUACGUUUGUCUUAUUAGCUGCUGCCAAGUUUAACAAUAGCCUUACUACUCAAAUUGCAGGUGGUGCAUUUGGUGUGAUCACUGCUGUUAUUGCAUGGUAUAAUGCCCUUUCUGGUCUAUUAACAAAGGAUUCAUCUUAUUUCCUUUUACCAGUGGGUCGUCUUAAUUAAAGUAAGAAAGAAAGAAAGAAAAAGAGCUUCAUCUCCUUCUCCCUUCUUAAAUUGCUGUAUGCAUAUCAUACUACUUAUUUCCUGUAUCAUAUUAUCAUUUACUAUUAUUAUUUCUUAUUAUUAUAGACUUCCCUUUUCCUUCAAAUAUAUAUAUAUGUAUGUAUGUGUAUUUUUAUUAGGCUAAAACAUUUUAUUAUUCAUAAUAAAACAAUACCUACUUUUCUUAUCUCUUUAAAA